CUGCGUGGUGACGCAGCAGGCGGAGCCGGGGCGGUGCUGCCCGCCCUUCCUGCUGCUCCGCGCCCGCCGGUCGCUGACAGAGCGGCGGAACCAGCCGCCAGCGCCGCCGCCGGGCCCCGCAGCCGCCGCCUGGGCCCGCGGGGAGCAGCCAGCGCUGCCACUGGCCAUGGUGGCCCGUCUGCCGCCGGGGGGGCAGGAGCAGGCGCGGCGGCGGCGGCCGCCAUUGCGCGCGGGGGCCGCGGGACUAUGAAGGAUGGAAGCGGACGAGGUGACGAUCCGCGAGCAGAACUUCCACAGCCAAGUGCGGGAGUACACGAUCUGUUUUCUCCUCUUUGCUGUUCUCUACAUAGUUUCCUACUUCAUAAUCACAAGAUACAAAAGGAAAGCAGAUGAGCAAGAGGAUGAAGAUGCCAUCGUUAACAGAAUAUCGCUGUUCUUGAGCACCUUCACUCUUGCAGUUUCAGCUGGUGCCGUCCUGCUUCUACCAUUCUCAAUAAUCAGCAAUGAGAUCCUGCUUUCUUUUCCACAAAACUACUAUAUUCAGUGGUUAAAUGGCUCACUAAUUCAUGGUUUAUGGAACCUUGCUUCUCUUUUUUCAAAUUUAUGUUUGUUUGUGUUGAUGCCCUUUGCCUUUUUCUUCCUGGAAUCGGAAGGAUUUGCUGGCUUAAAAAAGGGCAUCAGGGCGCGCAUUUUGGAAACCCUUGUAAUGCUGAUUCUUCUUGCACUGCUCAUCCUCGGAAUCGUGUGGGUGGCUUCAGCGCUCAUAGACAAUGAUGCUGCCAGUAUGGAGUCUCUGUAUGACCUCUGGGAAUUCUACCUCCCGUAUUUAUAUUCCUGUAUAUCACUGAUGGGAUGCUUGUUACUUCUGUUAUGCACGCCAGUGGGACUUUCACGGAUGUUUACAGUCAUGGGUCAGUUGCUGGUGAAGCCAACGAUCCUUGAAGACUUGGAUGAGCAGAUGUAUAUCAUCACUUUAGAGGAAGAAGCAAUUCAGAGGAAGCUCAAUGGUGUAUCCUCCACAGUGGAAUACCAGACAGCAGAGUUGGAACGGGAGCUUGAAAAAGUGAAAAGCAAGAAAACUAAUCUAGAACGUCGGAAGAAAGCUUCUGCUUGGGAGAGGAAUUUAGUUUAUCCAGCUGUUAUGAUAUUGCUGCUGAUUGGGACGUCCAUCUCAGUCCUGUUAGUUGCUCUCAACAUUCUUUACCUCUUGGUUGAUGAGACUGCAAUGCCAAAGGGAUCAGGGGGGCCUGGAAUAGGAAACGCUUCCCUGUCCACCUUCGGUUUUGUGGGAGCAGCAAUUGAAAUAAUUUUGAUUUUCUAUCUGAUGGUAUCCUCUGUCGUCGGCUUCUAUAGUCUGCGUUUCUUUGAAAAUUUCACUCCCAGGAAGGAUGACACAACUAUGACAAAGAUCAUUGGAAACUGUGUCUCCAUCUUGGUGCUGAGCUCUGCUUUGCCAGUCAUGUCAAGGACACUGGGAAUCACCAGAUUUGAUCUGCUUGGAGACUUCGGAAGGUUCAACUGGCUGGGAAACUUCUAUAUUGUGUUAUCUUACAACCUGCUCUUCGCUAUCAUGACAACGUUGUGUCUGGUCAGAAAGUUCACAUCUGCUGUGCGAGAAGAGCUCCUGAAGGCAUUAGGAUUAGAUAAACUUCAUCUGUCGAACAACCCAAGAGACCCGGAGACAAAGCCGUCUGCAAAUGGGCAUCAGAAAACACUGUGAUGAACAAUCACCUGCAAUCAACAGAGCUGAAAACAUCAGCCUCAUGGCAUUCCCCUCAUCUCAUCAGCAGUUUUAUAUUGGUUUUAUUUGUUGAUAAUUUGGGUCCAACCUUGUCUCAUUUUUUCAUGCUGUGUGCUUGUGUGGAAGUUAAGUGUAUCAGAUUCUUCUCUUUCCAGUGAACUUCUGGUCUACUGGUUUGUUUCCCAAUAAGUUGAUGCAGGAGGUGCCUUGAAGACUGGAAGCUGAAGAGAAUAAUGCAUUCCUUUUUAUUUUUUGACCGUCUCACAGCUUUAGAUAUAAACCCAUUACCGUUUGAAUGCACAGUACCUCCUGUGUUAUACAGACACAGCUGUAAAGAAUAACUUUGGGACUUGGUUAAAAAAGAAAACAAAGAUACACUUGAAGCCCUAUAUGACCCGUGCUGGGAUUGUAAACUACCUGGAGUAGGAAUCCUUGACAGGAGAUAAACAGUUCCAACUAAGAACAUGUUAAAAAUGAAGGGAACUGGUGUGGCUCACAAUUCCUUUCCUGCUGGAUUCGGUGGGCUCUUCACUGUCUAACGUCCCGAAGCUUUCCUGGCAGGGCAGCGUUUUCAGCUUUGUUCUCAGCUAUAAACGCCAGUCGCUUUACUGGUAGCCAGACAAUGUCUUAUCAAACAAAAUGCAAGAUGAAGAUUAACUUCAGUGUUCAAUCUGAGCCUAGUAUGCUUUGUAAAAAGCUGUGUAGACCUCCUGUCACAGCUCUUACGGUUCUGUAAGCUAUUGUGCCGCGGAGGUCACCAAGUACAUCCCUGUAAAAUUCUUUAUGAACUACUGUGUAUAAGCUGUACUUGUAAUCAAUGCAAGUAGCACAGGCCUAGGAGGCUGCAAUUGCAGUUUUUUACGAUCUUCUUUAAUUUGAAGUAAAUUAUUUCUCUGAAUUUAUACUAUAGUUACGAGGAUUUCUGUUCAGUGGCAUAAUCCAGUAUCUUUCACUAGCCUGUUUUUUAAUGUACACAUGAACAUGUAUAUAGACCUAUAUGUGUAGAUAUCAUAAAUUAAAUUCUAAGCUUAUAGAGCUGACAAAGGUGGUUUGGUAAGUCAGGCUUUUGUGCUGAGCCUUGGUAGGAUGAAUUUCUGUGGUGUUACAGUUGAACUGCUCAGAGGCCUUAGAUUCAGGAUGGCACUGGUGGGUUGUAAUGUCCUUUUUUUUAGAGUUACUGCGGCCUUAGGAAUCCUUUAGAGUAAAGAAAAAGCCCACCAACCAAACUCCAAGUAAGUAUUCAGAAUCUGGUUGCAUUUGUGUCCUGCUCUGCCACACUCAUCUGCAAACAGACCGGGAUGGGGACGCGGUCAGUGUGCGCCCGCCGUGUAGCGACCCAGAUAACGCUCCUGUUUCUGUAAAACAAGCAGGGCUGGCUGGAGUUUGAGGUGUUUUACGUGAUCAAGCAGUGACAAGUGGCUCUCCAGCGUGGUUCUGAAAUGAGAUAAACCUUGUUGGACAUCUCCUGAGACGACUGCUCUGCACUGUAGACCUUAUUGCUGCGAGUGUGAAUGUGAGCCUUUUUUCCCCUAUUUUAUUUUGUCCUUACCCCUGGAGUGUUUAAAAAACCCCAGAGAAUUUCUCCUUCCUUUAUUAUUUUUUGCAGGCUGCCUUUUCUGACUUGAACUGGGGCAUAAUGUAAAUACUACUGUAGUAAAUAUGAUGCUAGAGAGUUACUUUUUGUGUGUGUGUGUGAUUAGUAUAAGUUCAAGGUUUAUUAAACUGACUGUUGAUGUGUUGUGCUGAGUCUUGGAAGACUUAAAGUAAACUUGCUUGAUUUCACGAAGAUUUACAAGCAUCUUUUUUGUUGUUUGACUUUCACGUUGACAUUUUAGUGACAGAUCUUUAUCUAAGUCAAAGUUCUGCAACCAAGAACAGGGAACUGUAGUUUAAAAGUUGGUUUAAAAUGUGUUUACAUUUAAAAUAGUGGGAGAUUUAUUAUUAAGGGUGUCGUUUGGGUAUUCUCAGAACUUGUAGCCUUAUCUAUUAGGGUUAUAGUUAAAAAUAACCGAAAUGUAUCCACUUGUCCAUGCAAGUGAUUGUGACCAAAAUUGUCCUCAUGUCUUCUUGGGGCUGGUGAAUUGUGGUGUGUGGGGGGCUGGUUAGCUUGCUUGAAGUAUUCGGGUACAACUUUAAGACAGUUAUUUAAAUAUGUUCUGUGAAACUGAAUAGAUGGAUUUAAGGAGUAAAUCUAGGGAGUGUGAACCAGCGUAGGUCUCGCUCUUCAUGCUUUUCUCAGUCGUUAGACUGCCGGAGGGUUUGCAGAGACGUUUGUCCUGCCGUUGGUGACCCAAGACCAUAGAAAAAGGUGGGAUUAUGAUUCAGAUGGGGUUUCUGAAAGCGAGUUGGCAAUUAAACUGAGCAGAGGUGAUUCCUGCUGAUGAGCACACAAGUUUCAGGCCAGACUAUCAAAGUCUUUCAAAGAUGUUAGAGCCUCGGCUGGUCCACCCCACCUGCUGGGUUCUGCAGCCGGAGACGUGCGGGUUAAGGCUGCGUUAGCCGCGAUUUUACACACAGUACGGAGAUGCUGAAGAUGCUGCGUGGUUUCCGUGGUGGAUGAGACAGUCAGAACUACCCUGUGCAACUCCUGACAGCGUUCUGUUUUACAAUGAGCUGCUGACAUUGUGCCACUGUCCACAUUAAAAUACGCCUUUGGCCUUGGAAAUGACACGCUUGUGCAAAAGUCCUUUAGAGAUACAGCGCUACUUUCAGAUAUACUGUGUGUAAGAUACAGGUCACUAUGUACUUUUCACAGAAGCAUAUGGUCACUUAAAUACAAGCAACUGGUAAUUCAUUAAUGGAUGUUGACGACACAUUCCUAGUAUUUUGACUCAUGUAGAGUCAGGUGGUCUAUACCUUCAAGGUAUAUACAGCUGAUCUUAGUAACAUUAACAUCUGCCUCACUUCUUAUGAGGCAAAAAGCACAUAAAUGCUUCCAUCUUCGACUAGAUACCACACAAGACCAAAAACUAGAUGUAAACGCAGUGUUUUGAGUUAGCCGUCUCCUGGCUUUAUUCUGUGUUGGUAGCACAAUAUUAGAUGCAGUGGCAGAACUGUAAUGUUUUGGGCUUUUGAAGUGUAAAGCACACAUAAUUAUCGCUUUAAGCUAAAAGAUAAUCGUAUUGGUUACUGUAUAGGGAACAGUUUCUUCAUUCAUAGGAAGUUUGUUUACUGUCUGUAAUGUGAUGUUUAUCUUUGGCCCUGUUGCUCCGAUACCUUUUACCCUGUUGACUGUUUUACAGCGUCAUAGAAAUUAAAGGAUUUGACAAAUUGUG